AUAAUUAACUCUUUUGCCGAAUAACUGUAUACCGAUACAUUCAUAGUAUUUUACCUUUGCGUCUGUAUGCAAUUCAAAACUUCUUUUUAUGUUGACUCCCGAGUUGCGUCUACUUAUAUUUAUCAUAUCAAAUAUAAACUGACAUACAUUAAAUCGAUUGUUAUAUUCAAAAGUCGAUAUAUAGCAGCCUGAAUCCUGAUAUUUCGUAUCUCUACCCGUGGUGAUAUCGGUUGUUGCAUCAUCAGUAAAGGCAAAAUGGCAGAAAAAAUAGUCCCCGUAGUCAAGGCUGAGGAAGAAGAGGUCGAGGAAGAAGAAUUAGUGGACCCACAGGGAGCACUCAGGGAACAAUGUGCCCAGAAAGCUGAUGCCCAAAAUUUGUGGGGCAAAUACCAAGAGUGUAAUGACCGUGUAAACUCCCGAUCCAACACUGCUGAGACCUGUGAAGAGGAACUCAUUGACUACCUCCAUGUCCUGGACAAAUGCGUCACCAAAGACUUGUUCAAGCGGUUAAAGUAAUUAGAUUUAUAUCUGCCUAGAACAUUUUGCUGUUACCAUACAUUUAUUUCAAGGGCAGAAUGUAGUUGUUAGCAAAUUUAUUUAUGCAAUCAGAGUGGAUCAGGAUGUUAAUGUUUAUUUGUAAAUAAAUCAAAACCGGUUUC